AUGGAUGGUGUUUUGUUGGUGAAUGAGAUUCUUGAUUGGGCCAAAAGAAAGAAUAAGAGUUGCCUCUUGCUUAAUGUUGAUUUUGAGAAGGCGUAUUACUCUGUUUCGUGGAAUUAUCUUAGAUCUGUGAUGAAUAACAUCGGGUCUGGAGUUCAGUGGUUUGAUUGGAUGGAAGCUUUCAUUUUCAUGAUCCAUAUGUUCGUUCUACUGAAUGGGAGUGUUAGGAAAGACUUCAAGGCUCAAAAGGGUUUGCGUCAAGGUGACCCAUUGUCCCUAUUUAUUUUUGUUUUAGCUAUGGAAGGGCUAACUUCUUUAGUUAGAAAAUCGGUAGAGUUGGGAGAUUUUAAACCUUUUAAGUAUGGUGAAGUGGAGUAUGUGGAUAUUUUACAAUUUGCGGAUGAUACAGUAAUUCUUCGCGAAGCUUGUAGUGACAACCUUUGGAGUAUGAAAGUUUUGUUGGGAGAUUUCGAGCUUAUUUCGGGUUUGAAAACUUUGUCAAACAUAGAUUCCAAUCAGCCAAUAAAAGCACUAAUAGGGUUUGAAAUUCAACUUCUACAAAAGUAA